AUGAGUGUGUUUGGAGGAGAUAGUUGGGCAAGAGAAGCACAAUACAGGAAAAGAAGAGUUGAUGAUCUUGUGACGGGAGGACUUGAUGGGUCUUCUUACAAGAAGCUCUCUAGUGGCAAAUACGCAUGUCUUGUUUGCCAUCUCAAUCCCAUCCUCGAUUCUCCCCUCAUGCUCUCUAUGCAUUGUAAGGGAUCCCGACAUAUUGCUGCGGAGUCCAAGCUGAAGGAAAAAGAAUUGAUGGGACAAAAUGAGAUUAACAAAAGAUUAGCCUUAUCAAAAUCGGAUGUUAGGCCUGCUAAUUCAAGUAAUUUGAACAAAAAUGCUAGGUUAGUGGGUAAGCCAUUGAUUGAACAGACAAAGAAGGCUGCCGCCGAGAUACUUAAUAAAGAGACUGCCCGGUUGAGUUCUAGAAAUCAAAAUACUGAUGUGAAAUUGAGUGAGGGAUAUGCUAGUGUUAUGAAUGCGGUGACCAAAAUCAGUGAAAAUAGCUCGUGUCCGGAAGUAAUAGCAUCUGACAAGAUGCCUGUGCACCAGCAAUUGGAUUUUAGGGAGCGGCGAGAGAGGGAGCUGAAGUUCACUGAAGCAGGUUGGAAGCGUGAUUGUCAUGGAAGAUGGUUCAGAGAUGAAAAUGUGGAAUUUGAUUCUGAUGAAGAAGACCCAAAUGUUUGUAUUGGUUAA